AUCACAAAGCAGCCCAGCAGUACAAUCCAAGUUCUUUUGUGGAUGAUGGAAUGCUACCUGGAAAAUACUUUAACCAUUAUAAUUGAAUCAUUCACAACCACAGGAAUACCAGUUGCUCUCCAAUGUACUUAUUUAUUACCAGGAUCUUGAUACAGCUGAAUGGCAAUCCUUGCAUGUGUAGCUCCCUCUGCUGGAUUCAAAAUCUCAAAGAACACCAGUUCUAUACCAUUGCAUUUGUGCUUUCAGUUUUAAUGUUUGGAGGAUAUUUUAUAAGUCUGCUGCACCACGCAAUUCAAUCACUGGCACGUUUUUUUUCCAUCCUGCACAGUUAAAUGUUAUACAGUUUUAAUUCAUUUAAUGGCAGAAAUAUGGUUGGUUUGGCUCCACCCACAGCGUGAUGCUUCGUCUAUAAACUUUCAUUUGUACUCCAUUGUUCUGCCAACAGAUCGCAGGAAAGGCAGCAGUGGAAUCUCUCGGCAACUAUGUUCUCCCUGCAGUAUGUGCUCCUUAUCCUAAUUUCACUGGGGCAGGUCUAUUCCCAGCAAGUUCAUCAUAAUACUGGAAGAAGAUUUCCUCAGUGGUUAACAGGACUAAUCGCAAUGACAGUCUUCCUCUUUCUUGUCCUUGUGGUCUUUGUAGCCAAGAGGCUUUGGAAUAAGAGAACGCAGGAAAAAACAAACAUGAAAGACUUUGAAGAAGUGGUAGCCAAUGGAACCAGUGAAUCUUAUGAGGCUAGAAAAGAAAAUAUCAGAUCCAGUGAACAUUUUCAUGCAUAUGAAAAUCCCAUUGAAGUCGAUGACAAUAUCCGCACUACAGCUAUGUAACUAAUCCUUGGGUUUACAGCAUGUAAACAGUGUACAUAUAGAGUGACAAAAAUCACAACUGUCUGAUAUCAGAAUGAUAAAGUAGUUUUUAUCUGUGUCUUGACAUUGUAUUGUGUUGUAUGUAUUAAAUCUCAGCUUCCCCUACCUAGUAAAAUACAGUUUAUUGAUUAUGAGUUAGGUAAGGCAUUACGUCUAGAAAAACUUACUGUUAAUGGUGUUUAUACUUACAGUUUCUACAGGAUUAAUGUUACUUAAUACAAUAGCUAAAUGAAUUCCAGCCAUCUUUAGCCCAGUUGUGAAGAGACCAAGACACCAACUGUUUUGAAAUAAUAAUAAUAAAGUCAUGAACUCAAUUCUACAUGAAACAGUUGUAAUAAAAUGUUAA